AUGGGCGUCCCCGCCGACCCCCCACCACCGGAUUCCGCCUGCUGGGCCAAGGCCAAGACAAUCUUUCUCGAAAACAUCCUUUCUACCAAGAAGCGUCCAAGCCAGGAAAGCAUCGAUCGUUUCCUAAAAGAAGAUUUCCGUCUUGAUAAAGCCAUAUCAAAAUGCGAGACUCUAAAGACUGCAGCGGAGAAUCAGUACAACAAGGGGAAGGGGUCGCGUUUUGUGGGGAAGCUGCUAGAGGUUUUGGUCAUGGUUAAGGAAGUCGCGGAUCCUUUUUUGGAGUUUGCACCGGAGAGUGUUAGUAUUGCUUGGAGCGCGGUUUCGUUUUUGAUUCAGGUUGGCGCUAGCGAUCUCGAAAAUUGCGGAUUAAUCGCAGAGGCAUGCACCAGCAUCGCGACAGUCAUCUUAAACUGUCGUCUUUACGAGAAUAGAUAUUCCCAGUCCAAUAGAUUCGAAGCAGGGGAUAAGGACACUGAGUUAGAAAUCAUGAAUGCUAUUCCCAACCUUCUUUCUCUGGUUUUGGAGUUCUCAUGGUAUAUCCAGACGCGACUGAGCGAACAUAAGAUACUAAGGUCGUUCAAAGAAACUUUUAACCCAAAGUUGAAGGAUAAGUAUGAGGAACUUCAAGAAGAGUAUAAAAAAUUGAGGCAGAUUGCUGGUGAUGCCUUCCAGGAACGGGUGAUGGAUAUGAUGGAUCAAUUGAGUAAGCACAGCGAGGGUCUACGAACUACACUAUUCCCAGCCUUAGAAGAUAUCAGAAGCAAACUCGAAGAGAUCUCAGAAAUCAAACAGAUCCUCUCAGAAUCCCAAAUUCGCGACCAAUUUCUCCGCAACCGCGCCUCUCUCGCUCCAAAUUCAAUCCAUGAGACUCAGCUCAAUAUCGUUUUAACACCUUUGUCACACGAAACCGAAAAUCUCUGCCAGUGGCUCUUCGAAGACGACUAUUACCUCCAAUGGGAGGCUAAUGCAGGCCCAAAAUCCGGGACUGGUGCCCCGGGAGCAGCAGCCGCUUCCGAAAAUAUCGUUCCGAGUACCUUUGGAUCGUUACAAAAGCUGGAGAAAAACGAAGCGCCUCGUCCUAUUAAUGAAAUUGAAAAUUUAGAGAAUGAAGAAAACAACGAUUCUGCCCAAAAUGAUGAGAAACCGCCUAGGAUAUGUUACAUCAAAGGCAGACCCGGGUUUGGGAAAUCUGUAACCGUAGCCUGUGCCUUAACCCGUCUAGCAAAGCCCGAAAAGAAAUCAUCAGUCUGUUACUUUUUCUUCAGAAAAGGUGACGAAUCCACCCAAACUUCAAGGGUAGCGCUAUUAUCCCUUACCACCCAGAUAUUCAGCGAAAAAUUCGCAACCACCAAAUCUGAGAUGGAGAAGUUCAGUACUCUAGUCGAAAAUGCUUGGCAUACAGCGGAUGAAAAGCUUACGGACGGAAUAGUCAAUGAAGGGAUCAACGCUGCCCCCGGGCAAUUGAGUAUGCUUUCUAAUAACAUUCUCAAAAAAUUGGUGGAAGAUUUGAGUAAAACCCAUAGAAAGCCUAUUUACGUUGUUUUGGAUGCGAUAGAUGAGUGUGUGGAUUAUGAGAGUGAGGAGCUGGUCCCCUGGCUGUUGGAGCUUGCAAGGUCGCCAGAGAGUAACAUCAAAGUUCUGUUUUCGAGCCGUGAUAGUUUGGGGCUCGAGAGUCUGCUGGCUGGUGAGAAUUGGGAUGCUGGUGAUGACAAUGAGGAUACGGCAUCAGAAGGUGGAGAUGUUAGUGAGAAAAAUUCUAGUACUACAUCCCAGUCAUCUAGUGCUACGAGUCAAAGCGACGAUGGUGACAGUGGUGGUAGUUUUGUUGACGACGACGGCGAAGAAGAUGAGGACAACGAGGAAGGCGAAAAUGGAGAAGAAGACGCAGAAAACGAAGGGGAAGAAGGAAAGAGUAUCGCGAAAAAAUUCGGUGAUUCAAUAAUUCUCACCGUCACCGAGACUACAAACUCAUCAGAUAUGGACUCAUACCUCCGAAGUUCUUUAACCAAACUCGUUACCAGGAGGAUGGUAAAUUAUAGAUUCGGGCAUGGCAAGACCAUAGAUGUUACUCGAAUGAUAGAAGGGAUCAAAAAGAAGGCAAAUGGCAUGUUCACCUACAGUGCCAUGGUCAUAGCAAGUUUGGGACAACCAUCUUCCUUGAGUUUGGCAGAGAGGCUAAAGAGAUUACCAGACGGCAUGGAUGAACUUUAUAGACGCCGUCUAGAAUCAUUGACGACUGAAGAGAGAAAACUUGUUACUCUGGCGCUUAAGCGGAUUGUCUUUGGGUUAGGCGAUAUGGGAACUGUUGAGAUUGCAGAGCAGUUCAAACAAUUCUAUGAAAAUGAGGAGAGUGAUGAGGAUGAAAGUAGCGAAUCCCAUUUUGAUCUUAUCUCCCACGCCGCUACGAGUACAGUAGGGGACGGGGGUGAAGGCGAAGGUGAAGCAGGGGAUGAAGGGGAGGAAAUUGAACAAGAGGAAACCGGACAUCUCAAAGUCACAGCGGGAGAAGACGAUACCGUUAUCUCGGUCAUUGACGAAACCGAAGAUGAAGAAGAUGACGAUGUACCCAUCUGGCAAAAAUCUCACGACGACGCCCUCAACAACCCUGAAGUAGCGGAUACAAUAUAUCAUCUCGAACAAGCUGGCCGGGACUUCUUCCAGUUUUCAUCAGAAAAGAAAACAAUAGAUGUAAUCCACAAAUCCGUCAGAGAUUGGGUGGAAAAUGAAGCAUCGAAAGCAGCAGAAAGAGAUAACAAUAAGGUCUCCUUGAACUCCUUGUUUACUUGGGAUGAUAAAACACAGAGUUUGAGACUCUCAAUGCCGAUUCCGACGAAUUUGAUGCAGGCAAAUCCGUUUGUGGACUUUCAGAGCGAACGAGAUACACACCUGGAUAUCGCGAUUUAUAACUUGAAGGCUUUGAAUAAUAAAAAAUUCCAAGAGCAGUAUAUGCCAGAACCGCAAGAAUAUGCUGAGGAGGGAGAUGACGAAGAUGGAGAAGACACUAGUGAUGAGGAAGAGGACGAAGAUGAAGGGGGUGGGAGCGGGGGUGAGGAAGAGGAUGGGGAAGCCAUGGAAAAAGAGGACAGCCAGGGAGAAAAGCUAGAAGCAAGCGAAAAGGGUGGAAAAGCAAAUGCAAAAACGGACAAUGGGGCUGGCGCCAUCGAUAGCGACGCUAAACCAUCGACAGAAAAUACGGACGUUACUGCCGUGAAUCUUGAUACAGGCAGCAGUACCGAAUCCAAGGAGGAAAGCGACGAGACAUACGAGCCCAAAGCUGAGGAUGAAGACUCGGAUGAAAACUCAGAUGAGGAAUCGGUGACAGGAACCGACUCUACCGUGGAACCAAAAGCCGAUGAUCGCAAAGCACUUGGCUAUGUCAUCAAAAAUACCCAUCGGUACGAGGUUGUUCGCUGGGGUGAGCACUUGAAGAAAGUCGAAGAACUCUUCCCCCCAGAAGAACGAGUCGGGCAAAAAUGGGAGGUACUUUGGGAAGAGAUCAGAAAAUUCCUUGAUCCAGACACAUUCAACAGAUGGGCUCCACACUGGUUCCAAUUCGCUCUUGGUGAAAGUAUCAAAAAAAGCUUCAGCCAAGAUCUCCUACCCCUUCAAUUAACUGCAUGGUGGGGACUUUCUAUGGUGAUGGAACAUCUGUUAGAUGUCAUGGGAGUCGACCCAAGCCAGGCUGAUUCUGGAGGGGAUACCCCCCUUCAUGCAGCAUUUUUACAAGCGAAUCUGGUUGAACUGCUCCUUAAACACAAUGCAGAUGUGAACCGUCGUACCUCAGAUGGAAGAACAUGCUUCCAACUAGUUUGUAGUUCUUCCGAGUUUUCAUACGAUGAUAUCGACCUCGAAUCUCACACCGUCAAAAGCGCUAUUAAAGUCUUGAAAAUGCUGAUGGAGGCUGGUUCCGACGUCAAUGACAAAACCGCCAUGCCGAAAGAAAGGCCGCCAUUCUUUUCUGCCCUCGCGGCUGGAGAUCUCGAUCUGUUCAAUCAUUUUAUGAAACAUGGUGUUGACGUUCAAGCGGCUGACCUUAAUGGAUUUACACCUUUGCAUAAGGUUUGGGCUACAAACUCCACAGCGACGAAGGAGGACCGAGCAGAGAUGGCCGAAGAGUUGAUAAAAGCUGGCGCAAAUGUGAAUGCUGAGGACAUCGAUAGUACAAUGCCACUGUCUCUUGCUGUAUUAUUUCAGAACCGGCGCGGAGUAGAGCUCCUUAUCCAACAUGGAGCUGAUGUUAUGGAUGAAGAUACUCGAGGGUAUCAAGCUAUUCAUGACGCAGCCGCGCCAUUAGAGUAUGAAGAUGACAAGACAGCUUUGGCGAUCCUUGGCAUGCUUUUCGAUAAAGGUGCCAAUGUGAAGUGCAUAGCGAAGUCCGGCAAGACACCAAUACUAUUGGCGUUACUAGACCAGCAUAAAACCGUCUUUGAGCACCUGAUCCAAAGGUUGAUAGAACAGGAGAGCUCGGGGACGGAGGUUUUAGUAAAUUCCCAAUUUGAAGGAGAGAACUUGUUCCAUUCCGCCUCCCGAGUCGGGUCGUCGCAGAUUGGUGUAGAAAGCGCAAAGGCCCUUGCCAAAUAUUUAUCCAAGGAGCAGAUACUCGAGAUGCUGGGCCUAAGGGAACCGGAAAAAUCUAAACCUCCACUGCUCUUAGCAGCUUUCUUCGAAAGAUUAGAUCUUGUGAAAUAUUACCUCGAGCUUGGAGCGGAUAUUUCCGUAGAGGACGUCGACAACCUGAACGUCCUGCGGUUUAUCUUUGACGAUUGGUUGCUUAAGUCUUUACUCAUAACACCACCAAAAGACAUACUGACUCGGGCGGAAAUGAUGGUCGGUUGGAUUAAGUCUAACCCAGAACUUAUCAAAAGCGAUGGUGAUGAGUUUCUCCGCGGUGCUGUUUCAAGAAGGGCGGUACCGCUCGUUACAGCACUUGUGGAUGCAGGUGUCAGCCCGUUGACUAAUGAUGCAACUGGUUGGAAUUGCCUAGACCUAGCGAUUGGAACCGGGUUUACAGCCAAAGAAUACCCAAGCAUUCAAUCUGCCAUUUCAGAGUACAGGAAAUCAAUAUAUGAAUCCAAGACUUUUACAUCGCCAACAAGGAUGAGCAGCACGAAGAAGAGCAAAUACAUUGAAGUUUCAGAGGACGGCUUAACUAUAACCGAACCAGACCUACCGGACGAAUUCUCCGAUAUUGAUAAGGAGAUUGUUGCUGCAACUGUAUUCGCUGACGCACCAAUACCCCCCAAGGUUGACGUAUUCUAUUACGAAGUCACGUUAAGGAUAUCUGACCCUGGAAGCCCGUAUGUCGCUAUCGGCUUAGUUGCCGACCCAUGCCCUACAGACCGUAUGCCAGGUCUAGCAUACUCGAACACCACCAGCUACGCCUGGCAUGGUGACGAUGGACGAUUAUACACCAGCCGGGCCCCCGGCUCAUGGUAUUAUUUCAACAACCAAACCGCCUUUAAAACGGGUGAUGUUAUCGGAUGCGGAUAUAAUAAAGUUCUAAAGGAAGUAUUCUAUACAAGAAACGGGGAGUAUAUUGGUGUUGGUUGGGGUCUUGAAAAUAUUACCGGUGAGAGAUUGUGGCCGGCAGUUGGUUCUAAGGCAAUGUUUUCUGCAACCAUCAAUUUUGGAGCUACACCAUAUAUGUGGCCUGGGCUAGAGGAGUUGAUGGCAAGGACUGAGGAAACAAGGGUUGAGAAUCUUAAGGAGUAA